AAUUCUAUCCGCAAACCUUAUACCAGAAAAACGUGAAUAUCUAGUUUGAAGAAAAUCUGUUCACUCGCAUGUGAAAAUACGUAUUUGAUUUUUUUUUCGCGUGUAAUAACUGUAACGUGGGGGCGUUACCUGUCCACGGCCAUCCACUUCAUAUCCUAUAUGUUUUGAUAUACUUGCACACCUCGGGAACGACCGACCACCCAGACGAGUCUAUAAACCGAGGUUUCAGUUUUUGGAGGAUAAAACUGGAUUCAGUUCACAGAUAUCUGACAUUGUCUGGACGUAACUUCAACCGAUGGCAGCCAGUAUUCUUCGAUGGAGCUUUAUUUUCAUGACGGUGUCAAUGAUGGUCCACACGUAUUUAGUUUUAAGUAGGACAAUUUGGAUUGCUAGGGAUGACGUGACUGACGUUUUUCCUCGGAUGCGAUGCGCAAAACUCACAGAGAAUUUUUUUUCAAGAUCAGCGUCAAAAAUUGACUUGAAGUCUAUCUCUGAGAGUGUGAGGGAACUGAUGAGCUGCCCCCAGAAAGUCAAUGUCACGCAACGAGAACGCUACAGGCUUGAACUGAAAGCCUGUUGCAAUGCCUCUGGGGACAUGAUUCUGACCCAAGAGAACACUCAUCUGGGGCAGAAGAUCAUAUAUGAGACGGACAGAAAGAAAACGAGGCUGGUGGAUAAAUCUGUCUUCAAUAUGCUGCCAGAGAGCAUCCCCUGGAGGAACCAGAGCAAGUUUCGACACUGCUCGGUGGUGGGGAACGGGGGCAUCCUGAAGAACAGCAGCUGCGGGGCCCAGAUUGACUCCGCCGACUUCAUCAUCCGGAUGAACCUGGCUCCCAUUAACAACAGUGUUGAUGUCGGGGUGAAGACCAACCUGAUCACAAUCAACCCCAGCCAAAUCCGAGUUGGCUACCCGAAUCUGAAGAAGUCUCCCGAGCCCUUGGCUGAUCGGGUGUCCGCGUAUGGAAACGCCCCCCUCCUCCUGUCCGCCUUCACCUACACCUUCUGCACAGAGCUUUCCUUCCAGGUCCACCGGGCCCUGCGCUCACUCCGCCCCCAGCAGAAGGUGGUCUUCUUCAACCCGGAGUACCUGCUGCAGCUGGACCGCUACUGGAAGCAGCACCGAGGCCUGAAGGAGAUCCGAUUGACCACAGGCCUGAUGCUGGCGAGCGUGGGCCUGGAGCUGUGCGAUGAGGUGGACCUCUACGGCUUCUGGCCCUUUGGUGUGGACCUCCUCCAGCGCCCGCUGUCCCACCACUACUACGACAACAUGGGGCCCAGCAAAAGGAUGCAUGCCAUGCCCAAGGAGUUCCUCCAGCUGCUGAGGAUGCACAGCCAGGGGGUCAUACGGAUGCACCUGGGGGCCUGCCAGUGACCCUGACCCCCCCCCAGCUCCCACGUCCCUAGCCCCCUUUUCUCUGCCCCAGGCCACCAUAAGCAACCCUGUCAAGUUUUAAAAAAAGACUCUCAGCUGGGGAUGGCCACCAAAUCAAUCCUGGUUCUUCCCUAUCAACCUAGCGGGAAUCGAUCAGACCCUAAAGAUGCACAUCAAACAGAUGAGACAGGAUAAGGUGGCUUCACUGUGGAUGAAUGAUGCAGGUCUAUCUCGAAGGCAGCAGCCCAGCAUGCCCAGUAUGUGCUUGCAACAAACUUCAAAUAAACCAGACAAACUUCAGCUGUAGUGCUGAGUGCAUUUCUCGUCCGAUGGCACUUAUGGCGCUUGCCCUCUGUGUUCGGGUACCUGACCGCAGGCCGGGCUGCUUGUGCCUGCAAUCACAGGAAUAUCUCUUUAUAUUUCUUCUUCCCCACUGCCCCCCCAAAAUGGAAGGACUUUAUUCAAAGUAAAGUGUAAAAUGUGCACACUACCAUUUGUCAUUUAUUCUCGCAGUUUUCCAGAGGAGUGGUUUCACCAGGUCACCUGUCCAGGUGUGUACAGGUUACCUUGGUGAGUGAUUUUUUUUCCCCCCAAGUCAGGUAACUCCAAUGACAGCCUCAUGGAUUUAGACUUUUGCAGGAGGUGAAUGGAGUUCUACACUCACUGGAAAAAAAUGAUGGUGAAAAAUGUGGUAUGAACAGGACUAGUGUAAUGUUGUAGUCCAGUGUUGAUGUCAAAAGCACGCUUGAGUAUUGACUUUUUUAGCGCAGGAACAGUGGAGUAUCCAUAUUCUUUGGUUUUAGAGGUGACCUUAGUUCUUUUGGAGCCGACCUUGUCA